AUUCCUUUAUUGAAAACUCAACCAAAACAAUAUAAAAACACACCUUUCUUUAAAGCAGAACCAAUCUAGUUCGUUCUUAACACAUGUAAAUUGAUAAUCAAUCACCAGUCGAUUACAUUAACGCAAUUUUGUUGUCAUGUGAAUGAAUUAUCGCAAAAUUUGCAAUUCUCUGUCUCGAUUGAAAAGUAUCGCAUCGCAUUUGAAGUUUGUGUAUUGGUGCUUUAGCACAUGAGGAACUUGUGAAUUUCCGAUUUGGCACUUUCCAUGGCGGGAUAGAAUUCAUGCAGUCGGGCAGGAACUAAAACAGGAACAAAGUAAUCAAUCAUUUUUGCCAAAAAACCAUCAGAAACAUGACAAUCCGCCAGAAAUUUUGCGUAAUUCCCACAGUUGCUGUUUUUUUUUUGCUAGUCAGCGGAAAUAAAGAAGGAGGAGGAGGCAGAGGAGAAGCGAGGUGGGAUAACUGGGCACGUUCUGGGCAUGGCCUGGUCAAUCCAUCGAUGAUAUAUCACUGCAAUUUCGCAAAUAUUCAUUUGGCAGCUCAUUUCAAAUGCGACACGCAAACUCGCCAAGGAUGUCGCGCCAGCUGAGACUGAGCUGAAGAGUUCGAGUUCGAUAGGGAAACGUGCUGAUGUGUCGCUGCUCUUUGUGUUGUUAACUUGCCACGCCUAUGACGCACACACAAUAGGUGCAACAAAAGAACUGAAAAUGAAAACGGGCAAUAAGCUUGCAAUUUUCACAUUGACAAGAGAGAAAGAGAUGAGAAAUGAGGAAGAAGAUAGUCGAAGAAGUCGAAGGAUGGCAAUGGGGCACGUAGCAACAGUUGCCAUGCAAAUUGGCAGCGCCAGCGCUUGAUAAAUAAUGCCCCGUUUAUGUGCGAAAGUGAAAUGGAAUUGCCAAAGUGCCAGACGGGACCAGAAUUGGGAUUGCGAUUGCGAUUGAAGUGGAGGGGAUUGGAAACACUGUUGCUGAACGAAAUGGAAGCUGGAGUGCAGCUUGCUUGACAUUAGAAGAGAUGUGAAGCCGCCGCCUGAGCUGUUGAUGGAGGUUACAAUCGAUUUGACCAGCUUUAAAAGCGAACCCGGCACAACAAACGACAAGCCCAAGGCGGCGAAUUGUGGAAAGAAUGCUGCGGCCUUUGAAACGGAACGUUUGCUCAUCCAGUUGGUGAGUGAACAACCGGCGCUGUAUAAUAGUCAACAUGUGCGCUUCAAGGAUGAUGGAUACAAGGAGCUGUUGUGGCAACUGAUUGCCACCAAAGUGGGCAAAGAGUGGAGCAAUUGCAUGAGCCUUUGGGCCGAGUUGCGGCAUCGCUACCAGCGACAUGUGCAGCGACGUCGUCGUCGCUAUCGCGUUGGCAAACGUUACGCCUCGCUGCUGCAUGAGGAGCAGCUGCUUUUCCUGUAUCCCCACGUGGCCAGGAUGCCGCUGCAACGUCAGACGCCAGAGGAUCAACAUACCAGCAACGCUGACGACGACGAUGAUGAUGAGGUGACCAUUGUGGCGCCACAACCUGAGAUUAUUAUCGAUGUGGACAAGGUGGCCAUUGAGAACUAUAAACUGAACGGAGAACAGUUGCGUCUGAUCGAUCAUAGCAUUAGCUCCAAUUGCAGCUCCACAACGAGCUUUGCGCUGCCGCGCAUCGAGGCCGACAUUAGCGUGUUGCCACUGGCAACAAGCGAGGCAGUUGCAGUUGCUCCUCCCAGGACUUCCAUUAUCUCAGUUGUGCCCAACAGCAGACUCUUUCCGCCUGGCAGCGACAAGGCCAACAACAACAGCGGCAACUCGAGCGGCGACAGCAACGCGAGCAGUGGCAACAACUUGAAAAGCAGCGAAAGCGACAACAUUUAUGAGCCUGGCAUUGUGACUUAUUUGUCCAAAAAAUCGCUCAAAUCGCUACCCAUGCCCAGCAUUCGUUCCAUCAGCAACUAUCCCGUAAAUAUUACCUACACCAACCACAACAGCAAGUCGAACACGAACUCGGUUGCCACUUCGAGUUCUGCGUCAGCAGCAAAUUCAACACCAGCUGCGCAAUUGUUGCGAGUGGAGUUCCGUGAUUGCCCAUCGAAUGGACGCAUGUUGCAUGUGACGGUCAACGAUGUGCCGAUCCAGGCGAAUUUCAAUAUGUCACGCACUGCGCUCUUCAUUCGCGAAGUGAUGGCCGUGCCACAGCUGCACAGCAAGGAGCCGCAUCUGACCAAGAAAAUCAACGAUCUAUGGUCGCAGUUAUCCAAAAAGUUUCAUCUCCCAGAUGAUAUUUGUCGCGCCAUUUGGACAGUUUUGUCGCACAACAUCAAUUUGUUUCCACAAAUUGCACCCAUGGAGGACUUGAUGCGUCCGUUUAAGAGCACACUCAAGGUGUGGAAAAAGUCGCAUCGUUUUUUCAACGAUUUCGAUAAAAUCGCACGCAAAAACGAAUUAAUGCUGCACAAGCACGAAUUGCCCGCUCUCAUGCAACAUUGUAAGCGCUACGAGCAUCUCUACUGGGAACUGCGUCGUCCACGUCCCGGCGAGUCGGCAAAUUCGAUGCGGCCUCCUCGUAUGUUUACCGAGCAGGAGCGUCACGAUGUUUGGCGCGAGGCAAAGGAGAAUUUUCCACAAAUGAAUCAUCAGGAUGUUUGGUCGACGUUUAAGCUUGCAUUCAAGACCUACAUGGAGGAUCUAGAGCGCGGCAUUGAGAAUCCCUGGCCACAGAACUGGUGGCAUGUCCUGAAGCAACUGAAGUUUCUUAUCAAUGUGCGUUACCAUCCGCUCGAUCCGUACUAUUAUAUUGUGCACAACAAGUUCUUGGAGGAGGUGAAACGUUGCAGCAUACACGAAGCAUUGAUGCAACCCCAGGAUGAUGAUGACGACGCCGAUGGACGUCGCUCCGCCGCCAGGCACAAGAUGCCACCGCUGGACAGCAUCUCGGAUUCCAGAGAAUGACUCGGGAACGGAAUCUGAAAUGGAAACCGAAUCCGAUGUCGUUGUUCAGAUGCCAGAGGAGCCCGAAACUGACGGUGGAAGUGGCAGACCAGCCAAAGUCAAUGGAAGUUGAUGGAAUUACUUUCCCCCCUUGUAUACCUUACAAGAAUAUAACAUUUUAACCUAAGAUCAGAAGUGUCCUUUUUUGUUGUGAGAGAA